CACAAACAGACUGCAAUGUCAACAUUUCCUCGAGCUUACCCGAUGAGCGGUGGUGAUGAUCAACACAGUUACAUCAAUAAUUCUUCAUAUCAAAUAGCAGCUAUAAAUAGCGUUGGAGAAAAGACAAGGCAAUGCAUCAUAGAAAAGCUCGAUCUCCCUCUCAAUUCUGAUCUUGGUACUUUUUGUAUUGCCGAUUAUGGUUGUUCCAUUGGACCAAACACGUUUCAAGUUGUUCAAAGCAUCAUUGAUGCUGUGAAAUUCAAACAAUUGGAGGACAACAACGAAAAAAGCCUUAUACCUCUCGAAUUCCAAGUGUUCUUCAACGAUCAACCUAACAAUGACUUCAACACACUCUUUAAAACCCAACCUCCUUCAUCUGAGCGGGAAUAUUUCUCGGCUGGAGUUCCAGGGUCCUUCCAUGGCCAAGUGUUACCAAGGAACACCGUCCACAUUGGACACACUUCUUACACGACUCACUGGCUUUCCAAUGUUCCACAGCACGUAGAUGACAAGAACUCUCCAGCUUGGAACAAAAAUUACAUUCAAUGUAAUAACUCAAUAGAAGAAGUGACCAAAUCUUAUAAGGUCCAGUUCACAAAAGACAUGAAGUUUUUUCUUGAAGCUAGAGCAGAAGAGAUAGUUCCAGGAGGGUUAAUGAUUGUUUUAGGACAAUGCUUGCCCGAUGGUGUCCCCUUGUUUAAGACAUGUCAGGGUAUUUUGGUGGAUACGAUCGGUGAUUGUCUUAUGGAUAUGGCCAAAUCGGGACUAACGAGCGAGGAAACGAUCGGGCUAUUCACCCUUCCUGCGUAUUUCCCACAAUUUAGUGAAUUAAAGACAGAGAUUGAGCAUAAUAGAAGCUUUACAAUUGAGAUUAUGGAGAGUGUACGUCAUCCAUUGGAGGAUAUUCCAUUAUCCAACGACUUCUUGAUUUCCAUGUUUAGAGCUAUUCUCAGCACGAUCAUAAAAGAACAUUUCGGAGAUGUGAUCGAUGAGCUAUUUGAUAGGGUUGCAAAGAAACUCGCCAAGUACCCGAUUGACUUUAACGAGUGCGAGAAAUUUGUGACCUAUUUUAUAUUGCUUAAGCGAAAAUGAAUAAGUGAGAUACUAAAAUAAAGAAUCAUGUUGUUAUGAAUAAAAGGUUUUCUUUUUCCUGUUCUCACAAUUGUGUGAAGAUCAUACACUACUUAUUGAGCUAAAG